AUGUUAUGUACAUGGCGAUACGGAUAUAAUAUUUCUAACGAUCAUAUAUCAUUAUCAAAUAUCAAGUAUACUAUUGAACAACAUCAUGAUAUAUUAAACAUUCUUGAUAUAAUUAAAAAUAAUAAUGAUUCUAAAUUUCAAACCUAUAUUAUAUGGUUAUCGGGUGCAAUUGCAUGUGUAGAAAAAGAAAAUUUAAUUAUACUUUCAGUUCGAAAUCACAAUGGUAAUAUAAUAUCAACAUCAUGUAUUCAAAUAUUUGAUAUUGAUUUAAGUGAACUUUAUGCAUCAAAAAGAAUUCAAAUAUUUUUGAAAUGGUUAGAAUGGCUUCAUAUUAUUCCUAGUUUUUGGCAUUUUCAACUUGGUGUUAUAUGGAUUCCACCAUUUUAUCAAUUUUCUGGUACAUAUUAUCAUGUAAAUGUAAAUGAAAAUGAAUCAAAUGAAAUAAUUGAUAGUAUUCAAAAAUAUGUAUUUCAAAUACGUUCUAAGGUAGCAGUUAUUAUAGAGAUUAAUGAAGCAGGUCAUAAAAAUAAAAAUAUAAUUAUCAAUAACAAUCGUCAAUAUAUAUUACCAUGGUUUAAAAUAACCAAAGGCAUAUUUCCAUCAAAUAUUGAUUCAUUAGAUACAUAUAUCAAUUUGCUAUGUAGAAGUGCGAGAAAAAGAAAUCUUCGAAAAUAUAAAAAACAAUUUGAAGCCGGUGGUGGUAAAAUACGUUAUCUAUUUUCAUCCGAAGUAGAUUUUGAUGAAAUUCAAAUGCGUAUGAAAGAAUUAACAUUAUUAAAAUUAGAAACAGACACAAGACAUCAAUUAAACAAACAUAUUUGUAAACAUGAAUUUGGUCAUGAGUGGAUGUCCUCAAUGGUAUUAACAAAUAAAUCGUUAAAUAAUAAUAAAAUUAUAUUUAUAUUUGCUGAACAACAUUCAAGUGAAAGUUUACUUGGUUUUCUAUUACUGUUUAUACAUUCGCCUACAAAUCAAGUUAUAGUUAAAGCAAUCGGUAUUCAUGAUAAUAGUCAUACAAGACAAUUAAGAACUUAUCAAAACUUAUGUUUAUCAGCAAUAGAUUGGUCAUUACUCAAUGGUUAUAAUGUAAUAGAUUUCGGCGCAGGGCAUGAAGAAACAAAAGCUCUUCUAAUUGAAAAACAAAUUCGUCUAUAUGAUGAUGAACAAACACGUGCUACGAUUAAAGCCAUAUUAAGAUCACAGAAUCUAUUUCAUAUAUUUAUAAUAAACCAAAUAAAAAAUGGUAUAAACCCAAAGAAAAAAUGA